AUAAUGAAGUCUUUAAUUUAUACGUUGAUGACUAGUUAGUUUAUAGUUUAUAAGCUUUGUACAAUUAACCCUCUCCCAAACCAAUUAAUGGUACUUGUGGUUAAGUAGGAAUGUUAGAUAGAUUGUAAUCAGUCACUGUUAAGCUUAAUCACUACAGAAAGUAAUUCAAUGUUAGACUAACCACUACUCUUGAUUAGGACCCUAGUGAUGAAUCUUGGGCUAUCAAGAAUUUCUAGAUUCUCGCAAGAUACGGUGGUGGUAACAUUUAAUUAAUUAGUGAAGAAUAUAAUUAAGACUCAUUUUAGAGUGAUGCUUCUACAUGGAAUAUUGUCAACGUUUAACCAGUAUUUACUAAAUGGUAAUUAUUAUAUUACUCCAUCUUACUAAUAUAUUAAUUCACUCAUUGA